AUGACUGACCCUGAGAAGACAGAGGCAUACCUGCCCACGGCCCCGGAGCAAGCUGUUUGCCAUGAAUCUGGCCCCGAUGAUACCAAUGGCUCUAGCUCCUCGGAUUCAGAGAAGGUGGCCCCCGAGAAAGAAAUGUCAGAGAAAGCGAUGAAGGUGCAAGUAACCCAAAAGCCUACUCACAACCGGCAUCUUUCUAUCACUCUGGAUGACUUGGAGGCCCAAACCAAAUCCGACCUUCCGCUGAAGCGAUUUGCGUAUCUGAGAUAUGCCGUCUUUACCAUGUACCGCCGGCUCUUCACAAUCGUCUUCAUUGUAAACCUGGCGUGCUUCAUCUACGUGAUGGUUGCGGAUCGACAGAUCCUGGCCUUGGUGAACGCGACGGCCGUGAACUUGGUAGCCUGCGGUUUGGCUCGGCACCCAAUGGUGGUGAAUGGUAUCUACAGAAUAGUCUGUUCGCUGCCUAGGUCAGCACCACUUUUCUUACGUCGUAUGUGUGCCAAGGCAGCCCAUUACGGUGGUGUGCACAGUGGCUGUGGUACUGCGUCUUUGGUGUGGUAUGCGGGAUUCGUUGGUGUUGCAUCCAAUAUGUAUUGGAACAAACUUCCCAUCAGUCCCUUGACAGACCGCACAUUUUCGACGGCCCCGAUCGCUGUUUCGUACGUGAUUCUUGUACUUUUGAUGGUCAUGAUUGUGGUGGCAUACCCAGUUUUCCGCAGAAAGAUGCAUGACUAUUUCGAGCUCACCCAUCGAUUCACCUCGUGGCUUAUUCUUGCCCUGUUCGUUGUCUUGGUCAUGCUCUUUGCCAAUGACAUGGGUAAAGCAGAGGAGAAGUCCCUCGGAUACGCCCUGAUCACGCUCCCUGCAUUCUGGCUCUUGAUCGGGGCGGUGCUUGCAAUCGCUCAUCCUUGGCUACUCCUGAGGAAGAUCCCGGUGCAGACAGACCCUCUCUCUCCACACGCUAUCCGCCUACACUUCAGCCACACGCCAAUUGCCUUUGCCAAGGGUAUCCAGGUAUCUAAGCACCCCCUUCGGGACUGGCACAGUUUUGCGGGCUUCCCGGAUCCUUCUGAGUCCCUUGAGAAUAUCAGGAGGGUUCCAUCAAACGAGCCCGCGAGGCCACCUGUGGCAUACAAGAAGGGACAUAAGAGGAACCAAGAGAGUUGGUCGAUCGUGGUAUCUAAGGCCGGAGACUGGACCUCAGACACGAUCAGCAGCCCGCCUACCCACGUCUGGAAACGUGGUGCCCUGAUGCGCGGUGUUGGUUACGGUAUGCGCCUUUUCCACCGAAUCAUCGUUGUGACCACAGGUUCCGGAAUCGGGCCAUGCCUCGGAUUUUUGGGCGAUGAGCAUCGGCCGAUGAUCAAGGUUGUUUGGCAAACUCGCAACCCGACAAGGACGUACGGCCAAGGAGUCAUUGAUCUGGUCCACCAGAUGGGUCCAGACCCAAUCAUCCUGGACACUUCUAAGGACGGCCGUAUCGAUAUGCUUCCGAUCAUCCACCAACAAGUCGAAGAAUUUCAAGCGGAAGCGGUGUUUGUGAUCAGCAACCCACCGAUUACCCGCAGGAUUGUCUACGAGUUUGAAUCUCACGGUAUCCCGGCUUAUGGACCAAUUUUCGAUUCAUGA